UUAUCUAUACACUGGGAGUGGAGAGAAGCGAGCAUGUUUUGGAAGCGUAGGAAGAGUGCGGUGGGAGUGUUUCUGGUUUGACGCGUUUUUCGUCAGAAUUCUGCAACGGUUGGGAUUCCGCCUUGGUUGGGAUUCUACUCCGGAAGGCAAGAUGCUGAAGUCCAAAACGUUCUUAAAAAAGACGCGCGCGGGCGGCGUGAUGAAGAUCGUGCGCGAGCACUACCUGCGGGAUGACAUCGGCUGCGGGGCGCCGGGCUGCGGGGCCUGCGGCAGGGCGCACGAGGGGCCGGCCCUGGAGCCGGAGCCCCGGGACCAGGCGAGCAGCCUCUGCCCGCUCCCGCACUACCUGCUGCCAGACACCAACGUGCUGUUGCACCAGAUUGACGUUCUAGAGGACCCCGCCAUCAGGAAUGUAAUUGUGCUGCAGACAGUCCUCCAGGAAGUGAGAAAUAGGAGCGCUCCCAUAUAUAAACGAAUCCGAGAUGUGACUAAUAACCAGGAGAAGCAUUUCUACACAUUCACCAAUGAGCAUCAUAAAGAAACCUACAUAGAGCAAGAGCAGGGAGAAAAUGCUAAUGACAGAAAUGACAGAGCCAUUCGAGUAGCAGCAAAAUGGUACAAUGAACAUUUGAAGAAAGUGUCAUCAGAAAAUCAGCUACAAGUUAUCCUAAUAACAAAUGACAAGAAAAACAAAGAAAAAGCUGUAGGAGAAGGAAUACCAGCUUUCACAUGUGAAGAGUAUGUAAAGAGCCUAACUGCCAAUCCUGAGCUUAUAGACCGUCUUGCUUGUUUGUCUGAAGAAGGGAGUGAAAUAGAAAGUGGGAAAAUAAUAUUUUCAGAGCACCUUCCCUUAAGUAAACUACAACAAGGCAUAAAAUCUGGUUCAUACCUUCAAGGAACAUUUAGAGCUAGCAGGGAAAAUUACUUAGAAGCUACAGUAUGGAUUCAUGGAGAUACUGAAGAAGAUAAAGAGAUAAUCUUACAAGGACUUAAACAUUUAAACAGAGCUAUUCAUGAAGACAUUGUGGCUGUUGAGCUUCUCCCCAAGAGUCAAUGGGUAGCACCAUCUUCUGUGGUUUUGCAUGAUGAAGGUCAAAAUGAAGAUGAUGUGGAGAAAGAAGAGGAGAGAGAACGCCUGCUUAAGACUUCUGUAAGUGAAAAAAUGUUAAAGCCUACAGGUAGAGUUGUAGGAAUAAUAAAAAGAAAUUGGAGACCAUAUUGUGGAAUGCUUUCCAAGUCUGACAUUAAAGAGUCAAGAAGGCAUCUCUUUACACCUGCUGAUAAGAGAAUUCCACGAAUUCGAAUAGAGACCAGACAGGCUUCUGCAUUAGAUGGACGGAGAAUUAUUGUUGCUAUUGAUGGUUGGCCCAGAAAUUCUAGAUACCCAAAUGGACACUUCGUAAAGAAUUUAGGUGAUGUUGGAGAGAAAGAGACAGAAACAGAGGUGCUGUUGCUUGAGCAUGAUGUUCCACAUCAGCCUUUUUCUCAGGCUGUUCUCAGCUUCCUGCCAAAGAUGCCCUGGAGCAUUACUGAAAAGGACAUGAAAAACCGAGAAGAUCUGAGGCAUCUGUGUGUUUGCAGUGUGGACCCUCCAGGAUGUACAGACAUAGAUGAUGCUCUCCAUUGUAGAGAACUCAAUAAUGGGAAUUUGGAGGUUGGUGUUCAUAUUGCUGAUGUUAGUCACUUUAUUAGACCAGGAAAUGCCUUGGAUCAAGAAUCAGCCAGAAGAGGAACAACUGUUUAUCUUUGUGAAAAGAGGAUUGACAUGGUUCCAGAGUUGCUUAGUUCCAACUUAUGUUCCUUAAGAUCUAAUGUUGACAGGUUGGCAUUUUCCUGCAUUUGGGAAAUGAAUCAUAAUGCCGAAAUCUUAAAAACAAGAUUUACCAAAAGUGUCAUUAAUUCAAAGGCUUCCCUUACAUACGCUGAAGCUCAGAUGAGAAUUGAUUCAGCAACCAUGAAUGACGAUAUUACCACUAGUCUCCGUGGACUAAAUAAACUAGCUAAAAUUCUAAAAAAAGGAAGAAUUGAAAAGGGGGCUUUGACUCUCUCUUCUCCAGAAGUUCGAUUCCACAUGGACAGUGAAACUCACGAUCCUAUAGAUCUACAGACCAAGGAACUGAGAGAAACAAAUUCCAUGGUGGAAGAAUUUAUGCUACUUGCUAAUAUUUCUGUUGCAAAAAAAAUUCAUGAAGAAUUUUCUGAACAUGCCCUGCUUCGAAAACAUCCAGCUCCACCACCAUCAAAUUAUGAAAUUCUUGUUAAGGCAGCUAAAUCCAAGAAUUUGGAAAUUAAAACUGAUACAGCUAAAUCUUUGGCUGAUUCUUUGGACCGGGCUGAAUCUCCUGCUUUCCCGUAUCUGAAUACUCUCUUAAGAAUCUUGGCCACUCGUUGUAUGAUGCAAGCUGUCUACUUCUGUUCUGGAAUGGAUAAUGACUUUCAUCACUAUGGCUUAGCAUCCCCAAUAUACACACAUUUCACUUCUCCUAUCAGAAGGUAUGCAGACAUAAUUGUUCAUCGACUAUUGGCUGUGGCUAUUGGAGCCGACUGUACUUAUCCAGAUUUGACAGACAAGCACAAGCUUGCAGAUAUAUGUAAAAAUCUCAAUUUCCGGCACAAAAUGGCUCAGUAUGCCCAACGUGCAUCUGUAGCCUUUCAUACUCAGUUAUUUUUCAAAAGCAAAGGAAUAGUAAGCGAAGAAGCCUACAUUCUGUUUGUAAAGAAGAAUGCAGUUGUGGUGUUAAUUCCAAAGUAUGGCUUAGAAGGUACAGUUUUUUUUGAAGAAAAAGACAAGCCAAAGCCACAGCUUAUUUAUGAUGAUGAGACACCUUCACUCAGAAUAGAAGGUACAGUGUUCCAUGUGUUUGAUAAAGUUAAAGUGAAGAUUACAUUAGAUUCAUCUAAUCUUCAACAUCAGAAAAUCCGCAUGGCCCUCAUAGAACCACAGAUACCAGGAAUUAACAUGCCUACUGAUACUUCAAACGUGGACCUUAAUGGACCAGGGGGAAAGAAGAGGAAACUUGAAAAGUAGCUACAUUCAACAGAAAACUUCGAAGAGACUGAUUUCCUUAAAAAAAAGAAUUUUUAAAAAGCAUACUUUUAUGUGUGUGAUAGUUAAUUUUGAGUACAUUUUUAAAUAAUUGUAAAUUUGCAUUUUUAUUGAAUUGUUGACUGGAUCUGUCUUACGUGGUUAUGAAAAAAUUAUGCAAAAAAUUCAGUUGACUAUCCAUCACUUAGUGAAAGGAUAGCAACUUCAGGGAUCUAUAAAAAUCAUUUAGAUGGAGCAUUCAUCUGCUCAUUAAAGAGCAGAUUAAUUUUGUAAGUAAUGUAGGAAAGAAACUAUCAUUUUCUGAGGAAAAAAGAACAUUUUUAGAAGUGAAGAAUUACUCUUUGUAAAUCUUAAACCGCCUUGGGCAUAUAAUCCUCUUUGCCACUUUAAUUUGCCUACUUACGACAUUGUGUUCCUAUAUGCAUUGAAAAGCCUUCUAUAUUCUACUAGUGGUCCUCAGACAGCUGUGAAUGUUUGGAACUUACAGGAAAACCAGAAACGGGGUAUUGUGACCUGACUGGGAAAAUAGUUAUUUUUUGUUAUUUAUUAGUCCUUAAUCUUCAGCUCCAGUAUCUCCCCAAAAUAAGGCAUUAGAGCUCAGCAGAAUAGAGGUGGUACUUUAAGUUCUACAACUGGUUAUAUAUAAAAAAAGAGAUGAUGGGAGACUAGAUAGAGAGAUGACUCAGCAGUUAAGAGCACUGACUGCUAUUACAGAGGACCCAGGUUUAGUUCCCAGCACCCACAUGAUGGCUAAUGACAGCCCCUAAUUCCAGUUCUAGAGGAUCCAAUGCCCUCUUACGGCUUCUGCAGGCAUUGCAUGCAUGUGGUGUACUUAUAUACAUGCAAGCCAAACGUUCAUACGCAAAAUAAAAAUUAAAAAAAAAAAGACUUAAAUUUCAGUUAUACCUGAUUAUAUAGAAGGGGGAGUAUAUUAAAGACAUUAAAAAGAACAAACUAUCUCAUUCGA